UCGCGACGGGGGGAGGGGGGGCGGUGCGGAAGGGAGAAGGCGGGACGACACCAGAAAACAAAAAACACUUGUAGCUCGGGAGGCGUCCACGGAGGGGUCCGCUCCUCCCAGAAGGCGGUGCGGCCGCCAGGGCGAGCCACGCGGAGGGUUGUGGGGCGGGUAGCUCCGCUCCCCAUGGAGGCCCACGGAGGCGGGUGGGCGGGAGACUCCAUAUCCCAGCAUGCCCCGCGGCGGGCCCUAUCGGCCGCGACUCCGGGGUCGGCCCCGGCCCUAGCUCGUCGGCGGUGUACUGGGGGGCGUGAAGGCUGUAGUCACCGUGGCGCCCGCAGGGACGGAGGAGGGAAUGAGCGAAGAGGAGCAGGGCUCCGGCACCACCACAGGCUGCGGGCUGCCCAGCAUAGAGCAAAUGCUGGCUGCCAACCCGGGCAAGACCCCGAUCAGCCUUCUUCAGGAGUAUGGGACCAGAAUAGGGAAGACGCCCGUGUACGACCUUCUCAAAGCCGAGGGCCAAGCCCAUCAGCCUAAUUUCACCUUCCGGGUCACCGUUGGCGACACCAGCUGCACUGGUCAGGGCCCCAGCAAGAAGGCAGCCAAGCACAAGGCAGCUGAGGUGGCCCUCAAACACCUCAAAGGGGGGAGCAUGCUGGAACCAGCCCUGGAGGACAGCAGCUCUUUUUCUCCCCCAGACUCUUCAUUGCCUGAGGACGCUCCAGUUCUUAUUGUUGAGGAAGUUGCUGCUCCUGUUCCAUCUUCUAUUCUAACCAGGACCCCCCCCAUGGAGAUGCAGCCCCCUGUCUCCCCUCAGCAGUCCGAGUGCAAUCCUGUCGGUGCUCUGCAGGAGCUGGUGGUGCAGAAAGGCUGGCGUUUGCCAGAGUACAUGGUGACCCAGGAGUCUGGGCCAGCUCACCGAAAAGAGUUCACCAUGACCUGCCGGGUGGAGCGUUUCAUUGAGAUUGGCAGUGGCACUUCUAAAAAGCUGGCAAAACGUAAUGCAGCAGCUAAGAUGCUGCUUCGAGUGCACACGGUUCCUUUGGAUGCCCGGGACGGCCAUGAAGCAGAGCCUGAUGAUGAUCACUUCUCCAUUGGUGUGGGCUCCCGCCUGGAUGGACUUCGGAACCGGGGCUCAGGCUGCACCUGGGAUUCCCUUCGUAAUUCUGUGGGAGAGAAGAUCCUGUCCCUUCGCAGUUGCUCUGUAGGUUCCCUAGGGGCUCUGGGCUCUGCCUGCUGCAGUGUCCUCAGUGAGCUGUCUGAGGAACAGGCCUUCCACGUCAGCUACCUGGAUAUUGAGGAACUGAGCCUCAGUGGGCUCUGCCAGUGCCUAGUGGAACUAUCUACCCAGCCAGCCACAGUGUGUCAUGGCUCUGCAACUACGAGGGAGGCAGCCCGAGGUGAGGCUGCUUGCCGUGCCCUGCAGUACCUCAAGAUCAUGGCGGGCAGCAAGUAGCACUUCAGCCGCAGUGAUGGAUGAACCUUCUGCUCCCUGCUCCUCCUUCCCCUGGGCUCAUGUACUGGUCCAGCUCUGGAACCCUCCAGAGGUUUCAGCUCUACCUCUGACAUAGACUGCCUGCUUUGAGACUGAGAGAGGCACAGGAAAACAAGAAGCCAGGAACCAUAGGGCCCUAGCCAGCACAGGAUCUGGCCUCAUUCAUCCUCAUGAUGAUGAAUGGAAAGGAAAUUAAGAUUCUACUGGAGUCCAGAAUAAAUGCUGCUCCUUGGCCUCUUAAA